CUCUUGCAGAUCGCGAUGCGUGCUGAGCUGUGUGUGGUGCUUCUCUCUCUGUUCUCUUGCUGGGCGGAGCGCAGCUGUUCCGAUCUCGAGAUUUGCAUCGCCAAAAAGCUCUGCGACCAGACAGAUGACUCCGGCCGUGGCCUGAUCGGUACUCGCAUUCUGGACCGCAGCUGUGGCCGGGGUUUGGUUUGCUGCGAGAAGUUGCAGCUGGAGAACUUUUAUGCAGCGGAGGCCGACAUCGAGUACCGCAGCCAGCGGAGAGGAAAUCCCUGGGUGGGGACAACGGCAGCAACGACCACAGAGAUUGCUGUAGCAAAACACAAUGAGCCACAGCCAGAGCCAGAGUCGGAUCCGGAAGACUACAAGAGCUGUGGCGAGCAAAAGCUGUGCGUGCCUCGGCACUUGUGCACCACGGGGACCGUGAACCAGGAUGGACGCUACGUGAUCAAACCGCGGAUCAAUGAGGGGAGCAACUUUGGCUGUCGUUCGGUUGAGAUUUGCUGUCCCACAAGCGAACAGAUCGAGGAGGGCCAGAGUCGUACGCAGCAGAAGCUGAAGGAGUUCGAGUACAGGGGCUGCGGGUACAGCAAUCCCAAGGGCCUGUACUACAAGCUGGAUGGCUACAACGACAGCGAGUCCACCUUUGCCGAGUUCCCCUGGAUGGUGGCCCUGAUGGACAUGGAGGGCAACUAUAUCUGCGGCGGCUCACUGAUCCAUCCGCAGAUGGUGCUGACCAGCGCCCACAAUGUGGCCAACCAUAGCGAGGACUCGCUGCUGGCCCGCGCCGGCGACUGGGACCUGAACAGCCAGCGGGAGCCGCACCCCUACCAGAUGCGUCGCAUUGGCCAGCUGCAUCGCCACGAGGAAUACAACAAGCUGAACUUCUACAACGACAUGGCUCUGCUUAUACUGGAGCGGCCCUUCAAGCUUGCCCCCCACAUCCAGCCCAUCUGCCUGCCGUCCGCGGAGACAUCGAGGGUGCAGGAGGACAUGCGGCGUGCCCAAUGCCUGGCCACUGGCUGGGGCCACACCAACAGUUCGGCCAAGAGCAUGGAGCACCUGCUGAAGCGCAUCGAGCUGCCUGUGGUGGAGCACGAGGACUGUCAGCGCCUGCUGCGCCGCACGAUUCUGGGCCGACGCUUCCGCCUCCACGACAGCUUCCUCUGUGCCGGCGGCGUCGAGGGCAAGGACACCUGCAAGGGCGACGGCGGUUCGCCGCUCUUCUGCACGCUGCCCGGCCAGACGGAUCGCUACCAGCUGGCCGGCAUCGUCUCCUGGGGCAUCGAGUGCGCCGAGAAGGACUUUCCAGCGGCCUACACGAAUGUCGCCCACCUGCGGGACUGGAUCAACGAAACUGUAGUCCAAGCGGGCUUCUCGCUGAAUGACCUUGCCUAGGGGAUAACCAAUCAAUAAUUAGGGAUAAUAAAGUGUCUUUCAUUCAGUUAAA